CUUUUUGACCAUACAUUUUUCUCGAUCAACAGCCAAAUAUCACACAGCCAUCUGGCUAAAAUCAUCACUUCCAUCUCCGGCACAGCUUCAAUGGAUGCUCUCACUAUCACCUCCCUGCACUCUCCUUCUUGUUUCUUUCACCCCUUUCCCUCACCUAAAUCCUACUUUCCUCGUUUCCGUUUCCACCCCAUAUCCAUUCCAUCAAAAUCACACCUUUCCCGCCAAAACCUUAAGAAACCCGAGGUCUCCACAUCCGAUUCCCCCUCCAUUGCCAUUCCGGUGGUAGAUCCUUUUACUUCUGGCGAGACCUCCGGAGAGAAGUUCGAUUGGUAUUCCCAUUGGUACCCAUUGGCGCCGGUAUGCGACCUCGACAAGCGAGCGCCGCGAGCGAUGAGGGUGCUAGGGUUAGACUUGGUGGUCUGGUGGGACAGGGUGGAGGGACAAUGGAGAGUGUUCGAUGAUCGAUGCCCCCACCGCCUCGCGCCUCUCUCCGAGGGACGGAUUGAUCGCUGGGGCCGCCUCCAGUGCGUCUACCAUGGCUGGUGCUUUGACGGCUCAGGCAGCUGCGAGCUCAUCCCUCAGGCGCCAGAAGAUGGCCCUCAGGUUCAUACUUCUGGCAAAGCUUGUGCAGCUAGUUACCCUUGUUGUGUUCAGAAUAAGAUAGUGUGGUUUUGGCCAAGGACGGAGCCUCUAUACAAAAAUAUAUUGAUGAAGUGCAAACCUCCCAGUAUCCCUGAACUUGAUGAUCCAUCAUACGCCAGUUCAAUGGGCAUUCGAGAUAUGUCCUAUGGGUACGAAGUUCUGAUAGAAAAUCUCUUGGACCCUGCUCAUGUACGAUAUUCACACCACAAAAUAAUGACAGUUUCUAAACAACCGUCAUCGCUUACCAGAGAUCGUGAAGGAGGCGUGCCUAUAGUGAUAACAGUAGAGGAAUCAGAUAUUAAUGGCUUCCUUGCAAAGCAGGAAUUUGGAUAUGGCAAGUUUGUUGCUCCUUGUUUAGUUCAUAUGUUCCCUGGCUCUGGUUCUAAUAUUGGAUCCGCUUCAUCUUCAGACAGCAAAGCGGGUCAACGAAAAUUUCAUAUCAUUGUCUACUGCAUUCCAGUUAGUCCUGGAAAAAGCAGAUUGAUUUGGUCCUUUCCAAGAAAUUUUUCUGUUUGGAUUGAUCAAAUUGUUCCACGCUGGAUGUUUCAUGUUGGACAAAAUUUAAUCCUUGAUUCUGAUAUGCACCUCCUCCAUGUAGAGGAGCGAAUUAUUGCUGAGAUUGGCCCUUCCAACUGGGAAAAAGCUUGUUUUGUGCCAACUAAGUCGGAUGUCAUGGUUACUGCCUUCAGAAGAUGGUUUAAAAAAUACUCAAGCUGUCAAGUUGACUGGGCAAACAAGUCUCUAGGCUACCUACCUCCAACUCCUCCUAGAGAGCAACUUCUGGACAGGUAUUGGACUCAUGUUGUGCAGUGCAGAAGCUGUAGCUUGGCUUUAAAGGUGCUGAGAGUAGUUGAAGCUUCUCUUCCAAUUCUUUCAUUAAUUUUGAUCGGAGUAGUGGCUGCUUCCAAAGCAAGUGUAAUGUCUGCAGCAAUAAGAACUGCAGUUGUCUCCAUGGCAGUGCUCCUUUUUGCAGCUUCCAGGUGGCUCUCCCACUUUAUAUACAAGACCUUCUAUUUCCAUGACUACAACCAUGCUUUCAUCUGAAUCAGAAGCUCCAGUUCUCUCUUUCUCACUAUCACAUUGUAAGUAAAAGGAAAUCUUCUUUGUUAAAAUAUUCUUAUUUGUGUAUAUUUAUAUCAAAUGUAGCGUAAUUUGCCAAUGAUAGGUUUUUGAAUCAUUCAAUAUAUGCAUGUCAAUGGUGAUCGUCAUAUUUAGCAUGAACAAGCACAUAUAUCACUAUUUGGA